UUCAGGGCACGCUUUAGUUUGGUGUCUGUCUGAUAGUGAAAACCGGAGAAAAAAAGAAAAAUAAAAGUAAACAAGAACUGGUGGUGUAUGCGCAUUACGCACUCUCUCCUUCAUCAGAACGAAGAAGAAGAUUACUGUAAUUCAGUAUUUUGGUGGUGAAAUCAAAAUUCAAAUUCAGUCAACUUAACCGAUUUGAUCUUUCAUUUUGUGUUUGGAAGAAACCCUAAUCUACCUGGUUUCUUUUUUUCUUAAAAGGUAAUUUGGGGUUGCUUAUAUCUUUUUUCUUAGCGAUCGGGAAAUUGGAUUUCUCAAUUUCGAGUGUUUUUGAUUGAAUUGUUUGGAUUUGGUAGCGGCGUAAUUGCAUUCGAUCGGGGAGAAGUUGUAUCGGGUUGGAAUUUAGGGUUGGACAAAUUGUGUGGAAAUUGUUGGAUAUUUCAGCUGAUCUUAUGUCAAAUUGAUUGGAGCAGGUGAUGUGAAACAUCUAAAGUUCGUAUACUUACUCUACUAGUUUAAUUUCAGCUUUAGUGUUACUUUGCUUAGUAUCUUCAGCAGUGAAACAAGGAUAAUUAGGGGGGUUUUGCUGUUCUAAUAGUGGUACUGUUUACUAUUUGGGGUUUGUCCUCUUUAGGGCAAAAACUGAGAUUCUUUGCCGAUCGAGCUACCAUAUUAUUUACUGAUGUACUUAUAUCUCUUAUGGAUAAGAUACAUAGUAUGUAUUUCAGUGCCUGAACAAAGGAGGUUUCAUUUGCUGUUAAAGGUCAGACAACUUUGAGCAUUAAAGGGUGACUAGUGUUUAGUACCUGGGUUGCUUGUUUUUUGUCAUUUAUGUUUGGGACCGUUCUUCGUUUUUAGGACAUUGUGUAACAAACUUUUGUUUUGGAGAAUUAAACUUUUGGCUGGCUGGCUGGUGCUGCAAAUUUGAGUACUGGAGAAGUUAAUUUUGUAGUUGGUGAGAGGAUUAAAAGUCUUGAAUCUGGUCUUCAGUUUGGUGUGUUAGAGAAUGGGGUAGUUGAAGUGAUCAAUAGUGGACAGUUAUUUGGGGUUCUUUUGCUUGUGAAAACUGUUAAAAGUCCGUGCAAAUAGUGUUGGUAUCUAUAAUGGCUCUCGCACCGGCUAAUCAUUCUUCAUCUGUUGAUGGGUGUAAUCAAGGGUCCCUUAGUGAUGAUCUGUACAGGGAGCUCUGGCACGCUUGUGCUGGACCCUUGGUCACUGUACCCCGUGAAGGGGAGCGUGUUUAUUACUUUCCUCAGGGUCACAUGGAGCAGCUUGAGGCAUCAACGCUUCAGCCGCUGGACAAGCAGAUGCCUUCGUUCAAUCUUCCAUCUAAGAUCCUCUGCAAAGUAGUCCAUGUUCAACUCCGGGCCGAGUCUGAAACAGAUGAGGUUUAUGCCCAGAUAACUCUUCUUCCCGAAUCAGAUCAAGGUGAGGUUACCAGCCCAGAUCCUCCGCUUGCUGAACCAUCAAGGUGUAUAGUCCAUUCAUUUUGCAAGACACUUACCGCCUCUGACACAAGCACACAUGGUGGAUUUUCCGUCCUUCGAAGACAUGCAGACGAUUGUUUACCACCACUGGAUAUGUCCCAACAUCCACCUUGGCAAGAAUUGGUUGCAACCGAUCUGCAUGGAAAUGAAUGGCAUUUUCGUCAUAUUUUUCGAGGACAACCUAGGCGCCAUCUGCUUACAACUGGGUGGAGUGUGUUUGUCAGUUCCAAGAGACUAGUAGCUGGGGACGCUUUUAUAUUUCUUAGGGGUGAAACUGGAGAAUUGCGUGUCGGGGUAAGGAGGCUGAUGAGGCAACUUAGUAAUAUGCCAUCCUCUGUUAUAUCCAGCCACAGCAUGCAUCUCGGGGUCCUCGCUACCGCAUCUCAUGCCAUAGCAACUGGAACACUUUUCUCCGUUUUCUAUAAACCAAGAACAAGCCGCUCCGAAUUUAUUGUUAGUGUCAACAAGUAUCUUGAAGCUCGGGAACAAAAACUUUCUGUUGGGAUGAGGUUUAAAAUGAGAUUUGAGGGUGAGGAGGCUCCUGAAAGAAGAUUUAGUGGUACCAUAGUGGGUGUUGGAGAAAAUGCAUCACAAUGGUGGACGGAUUCUGAAUGGAGAUCUCUAAAGGUACAAUGGGAUGAACCUUCAUCCAUCCCACGCCCAGAUAGAGUUUCACCAUGGGAACUGGAGCCGCUCGUAGCAGCUGCUCCUCCAACUUCUCAGCCAGCACAAAGGAACAAACGAGCUUGGCCACCAGGAUUACCUUCACCAACUCCAGAUGUUUCGGUAUUUGGUAUGUGGAAAUCUCCAGUUGAGUCUCCUUCAAGUUUCUCACAUUCUGAACUACAAAGAGGGCGAGAAAUGUACCAAUCACCCAACUCAAAUUCCCCCUUCUCUCCAUUGGUUAAGCCAAACAGCCGCGGAUUUAGUGGAAAUUCUCAAUUGGCAUUGUCCAGCAGUUCGAUGUAUUGGUCUAACCAGACUGAGAUUCUAACAGACUCUUUCAUUUCAGUACCUAGCAAAGAGUCUGUUGAAAAGCGACAAGAAACCAGUAACGGCUACAGGCUAUUUGGGAUCCAGCUAGUCCAUAACACUAACAUGGAGGAGAGUUCUCCAGCAGUGGCAUCGUUACCUGGCCUUGGUGAAGAUCAGCCAUCUUUAGAUGCAGAGUCUGACCGGCAAUCGCAACCGUCAAAUGCUAAUAGAUGUGGUGUUCCGGCAUUGAGCAGUGACCCUGAGAAAUCAUGUCUGAGGUCUCCUCAGGAGAUGCAAAGCAGGCAAACUCGGAGCUGCACAAAGGUUCACAUGCAAGGAAUUGCAGUUGGUAGAGCUGUUGAUUUAACACGGCUUGAUUGUUACGAUGACCUUCUCAAGAAGCUUGAGGGGAUGUUUAGCAUCGAAGGUGAACUAUCUGGUCCCUCUAAGAAAUGGCAGGUGGUUUACACAGAUGACGAGGAUGACAUGAUGAUGGUUGGUGACGACCCAUGGCACGAAUUUUGUGGCAUGGUAAGGAAGAUAUUCAUUUACACAGUUGAGGAGGUCAAGAGAUUAUCUCCCAAGGCAAAGCUCCCACCAGUCAACAGUGAUGUAAAAUCAACCAAGACAGAUUCUGAUGUUGCUGUUGCUACAACUGAGGACCAAUCUUCAGUAGCAGGGCAGGCUUAAUUACACAAACAAGUUAUCCAAUCUGUCUUUCUUCUUGGAAAGGAAAAGGCUAAUUAUGGUAUGGCACGUGAUAUUUUAAAUAUUGAUGCACUAUUGAUGUGUACCUACAACUUAGGCUUUCUUAUCAUUCUCUGGGGCCGAAUACGAUGCUUGUGAUUGUGGCAUUAGGUUUAAUUAUGUACCAUCUUUCGCUUUGCUCAUGGUUAGUGGGUUAUAUAAAUUAAGGAGGGUGUGGCUGGGACCUACCAGUGCCUGUCCCAUAGUGGCUAAUUGUAAGCUGAGAUGACGACUACAAAUCGGCAGAAGGUGCUCCCGUCGUUGGGGAAAGGGGGAUUUUGUCGAUUUUGUUUGUUGAUCUCAUCUGGUGUUGGAAAGACAAGGAAAAUGGAAUUUUUCCAUGCGUGCAUUUUUUUGUUUUUGUUUUUUUGCUUUGCUUUGUAACGAACUAUGACAAGUUGCUUAACUAAGUGCAUAUAAUAUAGAAGGCUAUUAUUGGGACGUCA